UAUUGAAGGAAUUUGCGAGUUUCGAGAUUGUAUCGAAUUUACAUUUAAUUUGAAUUUUACCUUGAAUUUUAUACAUUACAGACACAAUUUGAUAUGUUACUUUCUUUUGAAUGACUAUUAUUUGAAGUCCCAAAAUGAUAACCCUUAAUAGGAAACUUAAAAAGGAGCAUUCUCCUCCUACAAUAGGCCUGACCACGGAGCCAGUUAAAAGGAUAUCAAUACGAGAUAAAUUGUUAGUAAAAGAAGUACAGGAGAUGGAAGAGAACCUUCCAGCAACUUGUAGCGUGAAGUUCGAAGACCCAAAUCUGCUUAGUGAAUUCAUAUUAACAGUAGCUCCUGAUGAGGGGUAUUGGAAAGGUGGUAAAUUUAAGUUUAGUGUCAUUAUAACUGAAGAAUAUAAUAUGGCUCCACCAAGAGUGAAGUGUUUAACAAAAUUAUGGCAUCCUAAUAUUAAUGUAGAUGGAGACAUCUGUUUGUCAUUACUGAGACAGACUUCUAUUGAUGAGCAUGGCUGGGCACCUACCAGGAGGCUCAAAGAUGUUGUAUGGGGCUUGAACUCACUUUUUACGGAUCUGCUUAACUUUGAUGACCCGUUAAACAUAGAAGCAGCUGAAAUGUACAACAAGGACAAAGUUAAAUUUCAGGUUAAGGUACAGGAAUAUAUUUCAAAGGGGAAAAGAUGAAACAGGUUUAAACAGUGUUGCAACCCACUUCACUUCACUUCUGAUUAGCUCAAACGAAAAAGUUUUUGUGUCCAAAAAUGUACUUUGAAGUAGGGUUGAAUUUAGGCUUUUACCAUAUAUGAAAAUUUAGGUUUAUCAUAGCGCUCAGAACAAACAAUCAUAAUGAUUUAAUUACAUUUAUGUCUGUUACUAUGUUUAUUUUAAUAAAGAUUGGACUUAAAUACUGAUGUUAAGAUUAAUUUUUAAUGUGUUAUGGGUGUAAUUUCUAGUAAAAAGCUUAACAUAUUAUUGAAGUAAUAAAACAUUACUAUUCAGUGUUGCAUGUCUGUGAAGAGUCAAGAUAUGUAGAUAGUUAAAAUUAAUGAUCAUUUCUCUGAUUAACUCUUUCUGAUUUUGUCAUUCAAGCCUGAACUAUAUUUAGACUUAAUCUAUAUUUGAUACUGCUAUUUAUGACCUUUCUCUGUACCCUGCCUGCCAUGAUUGCACAAUGUAAUAAAAUUUGUAGCCAAACUGGUUAUGCAACCACACCACCAGUCUUUGGAAAAAAAAAAAUCAUUUCUAAAGCCAUAAUUUAUGUUGGCAACUACAAAAUUGUGACCAUGGGUGUUUGCAGUAGAUAAUAAAUUUAGACAACUCUGAUAUAUCUUUUGGUCUGUUGCAUUUAUUCUAUCUAUUUUCAUGACUCUUCCUUCAGUAACUUUCAUUAUAAUGACACAGUAAUUGCUGCGUCUCUUUUGUCCUAUAAUAAGGUAUUAAAGCUUGUUGUGAUUCAUUUACUUGGUUUAUGGUAAUUGAAUUAUUACUAAAAUUGUGCUGCUUAUUUUUUAUUGUGCUAUAUUGUGCCAAAAAGCUUCCACAAUAGUUUUAAUUGUAUAAAUUGUGUUGUAAACUGUCUAUUGUAUCAUGCGAUAUUCACACUAUGUUUAGUCUACCUCUUCGAAUGUACUGCCCUAUUUAUAAUUAUUUCAAUGACCUGGUGUAAAUAGGCUUUUAAGCAAAUCGAGUUAAACAUGGAAAAACAAAAAAAGUCGCGUCACAAAGUUUUUUAGUUGAUUUGUCUCUAAUAUUGAUGACAUUAUCUGUGGGUUUCGUCAGAAAACUUACAAUUUGUUUGAAGUGAAUAUAAUCUUCAUUAUGAUCGAAAUAUUUUGAGACUUUUCGAUGGUAUUUCGUCGGUCAAUGUCAAAUUAUAUUAUUAUAAAUUAACAUUGGAUCAAGUUUAAAAGCACAUUUAAGAUUUGUUGUUUAUUUAUACAUCUAACAAAAACAUUUCAAACUUUUAGAGUUGUGUUAAACAUGUUAGACUAUUAUGUGUGAUUUAAAAACAUUUCAUGCAGUUAAUAUAAUCGGAUGAAUUUAAAUUACAUACAUUAUUGAUGAAAAAUUGCUUAAUUUUAUUGAAAAUUCAGACAUUCAGUCUUGUUAUUGUGAACAUUUUUUUUAGUAGCAUCAGGUAGGCUUAGGAGUUUUCUUGUAAAAUGGUACCACGCAUAUAAAUAAGUGUAUUAAAUAUCUUUAUAUAGAAAAUAAUAUAAAAUUUGAAAUGAAUGAAUAUUGUAUUAAUAGGGAUGUUGCAUGCUUUCGAUUGUACAAUAUUUCAUCUCUUUCUCUCUCCCCUUUCUUGUGAUGUCAUGAGCAUGUGCAUCUUAAUUGACAAUUGGGUUUGACAAAUAACUCAUCAAGUUUGAGAACUUUCUAACUUUGUUAAUAAACGAACUGAUAAUUUUGUUGCUUUGGAUAAUUUUAUUAUGGAGUAUUGUAAAAAGAUAAUAGCAUCCUUGUUAAUAUUUACGAUUUGAAGAGACGAAGAAGCAAUGUAGACAGAUUCCUAAUUGUAAAUCCUAAAUGUUUGGUCAAAUGUAUUAUCUAUGAUAUUUGGUGAGUAAUAUAGAGAAUUUAUUCUAGUUUUAAGUUUUAAUAAAUAAAAGGCAAAG